UCUAUGAAAACAAAAGGUGACUGACCGAUAAGAUGCAGUGGACAUUGGACUUGAACAGAAAAUCAGUGUAAGGAUGACAGGUCACAGGAUGUUUUAUAAGCAGGAACAAGCUUUGUAGGAAGGAACUCAUCUUCUCCCUUUCUCUUAUCAAGUCAGCGAAAUUGAGCGCAAUAAGUUGCAGGGCAUUGACACCUUCAAGCCUCUUCAGUCAAAAAAGUCCUCCAUUGGCACAACCAUCUUUGACUGGCUGAGACCAUGAUGGACCUGCAAGCAAAAUAAGAUAUCAGCAUCAGAGGUAACUAGAUUUCGUUAUGUCAACCAGCUGUACAGAAGAUGUCAACGCUGCCUGUGACUGAUAUCCCAGAUGUUGGUCAUGACGAGAGUAAAGUUUUUGACGGAGCUGCGGAACUGCAACUUCAUUGCAUGGUGGAGAGCAAUGGCAGCAUGGCAAUGAAGCACGAAAGCCUGCGCUCUCUUGGUGACCUCUCCCAACCAGAUGACUUCCCUACCUCAUCUCAUAAUGGCCCAACUCCCACUGGGAUUAGCAGUCCUUUGCCAGUCGAGCUGAGUGACACUAAACCCGAUGUGGGCGACACAGCCACCAGCACAGAUGGUCAGCCGGUAAAGAGAAAAAAGGGUCCCGCCCCGAAGAUGCUGGGAAAUGAGGUGUGCAGCGUAUGCGGUGACAAGGCCUCCGGAUUCCACUACAAUGUGCUUAGCUGCGAAGGCUGCAAGGGCUUUUUUCGACGUAGUGUCAUUAAAAGUGCCCAAUACUCCUGCAAAAACAACCAACGGUGUGAAAUGGACAUGUACAUGCGGCGCAAGUGCCAGCAGUGCCGCCUGCGCAAGUGUCGUGAGGCAGGCAUGCUAGAGCAGUGUGUGCUUUCUGAGGAGCAAAUCCGUCUGAAGAAGAUGAAAAAGCAGCAGGAUGAAGAGACGGCCCGCUCGUCCGCAGUGGUUACUCCCACUCCUCCGCAGGAAGUAGCUUCACUGGAUCCUCAGCAGCAGGAAAUGAUUGAGAAGCUGGUGGCCAUGCAGAAGCAAUGCAACAAGAGAUCCUUUCUUGAUAGACCAAAAGUGACGCCAUGGCCGCAGAAUCAAGAUCUGCAAAAUCGAGAAGUGCGUCAGCAGCGUUUUGCCCACUUCACUGAGCUGGCGAUCAUGUCGGUCCAGGAGAUUGUGGAUUUUGCCAAGCAGCUUCCUGGAUUUUUAGAGCUCACGAGAGAGGACCAGAUUGCUCUAUUGAAGACGUCAACCAUAGAAAUUAUGCUGCUGGAGACAUCUCGUCGCUACAACCCUGCCAUUGACAGCAUUACAUUUCUAAAGGAUUUUAGCUACAAUAAGGAGGAUUUUGCAAAAGCAGGCCUUCAGUUUGAGUUCAUUAAUCCCAUCUUUGAGUUUUCUAAAGGAAUGAAUGACUUGCAGCUGGAUGAAGCUGAGUACGCACUGCUGAUUGCCAUCAACAUAUUUUCUGCAGAUCGGCCAAAUGUGCAAGAUCAUGAUCUUGUGGAAAGGCUCCAACAACCUUAUGUUGACGCCCUGCGCUCUUAUAUCACGAUAAAGAGACCAAAUGAUCACUUGAUGUUUCCACGCAUGCUGAUGAAGCUGGUGAGCCUUCGUACACUGAGCAGCGUGCACUCUGAACAGGUUUUUGCCCUUCGUCUCCAGGACAAGAAGCUUCCCCCGCUGCUCUCUGAAAUCUGGGAUGUCACUGAAUGACUGCAGUCCUAAUAUCACACUCCUUGGCAUGUUCAAUCUUGACACGGACGUGGCACCAGUAACAGGCUUGAACCUGUCUCAUCUGGUAAUGGACGACUUGCCGCAUUGAGCUGUUGGGCUUUUUUUGGGGAGCUUCUCAAUGCCUUUUGCUCUCAGAGUCUGAAAUGGUUUGUGUUCAGAAGGAUUUUUUUUUUUUCUCUUAAGGCCUGUUCUUCCUUUUUGUGGAUGUUGGCAUGGUUUUGCCAACAUGAAAUGCCGGCUAAUGGUUUGAAUUAUUUUUUCUGAUUCAAUAAUGUGUUAAGAGUGCGGUUUGAUUCUUUCACAGUCUGAAUGCUCUUGGCGUAUAACGGCUCUCGCUUCAUGUCAUGAUUCUAGCCAUGCUUUCAAGUUAAUUUAUUCAGUAGUCUUGCCAUUGAUGAAUUGGAAGUUUUGUUAGACGUGACCUUCUGCUGCAGUUUACGUUGAUGGUUUUACAUCCAAGUAUAAAAAAAAUUUGCGUACAUUUUGAGGCUUUUCAUUACAGAGAACAAAGUUGGUGUAGUUGCUCAGGUAAACUAAUGUGAAGUAGAGGCGUCUUUUUUUUUUUUUUUUUUUGGAUCACUCGAGUGCCCAAAGGGAUCCUUUUUAUCAAUACGGAUGCACACAAAUUAUUUAUUUUCAUAAGACGUGUGUGGAGUGCACAAGUAUCCACAAGAUUGUACAAUUAAAUACUAACCCUUAAUAAUACCAAUCUAUACAUGGUAAGAGGUGUCGUCUAAGGGAACAAAGGUGUGGAAGAAAUAGAUUUCAUAUAUGUUGGAUUGGUGGUACUUGUACUACUGCCUAAAAUUCCUUCAUGCUCAGAAAUGUCAAAUGUAGAAUAAAAUUAAAUUACCACUUUUGUCAUGAAAUAUGAAAUAUGUUUGUUUCCUCACAGAGGAAAGGUUGAUCAGAAAUUUUAUUCCACAUACUCGAGGAUACGGCGGGUGUACAAACACAUUUGUCAACACCUACUGGUAAGAUCUCAUAACUUUAUUAGGUGUGUGAAAUAGGGACAGCAACCGGACUUUAGUUAGUAUGACUACUGACUUGCAUGCGUUUAAUUCCUCUCAUGCAAUAAAGAAUUUACAUGAAGCAAAAAUAAAUCAUAGGCUAUAAAUUUAAAGAUGUUUAUUUUUACGAUUUUGGUGGGUUUUACAUUCUUCAGGAAACUAAGUCAGAGGUCACCUUUUUGCACCGCUUUAAUUGACAGUCUGUCAACUGUAUUCACAUUAAUCUCUACAUUACUGUAACUGUUGUUUCAUGGCAAAUGCCAGCAACUAUUUCAGAUUGUAUUUCAUACAACAGUGGUAAUUACUUUUUUCUGACCUUUUACGAUACUUAGCUAUAAUUUGUGAUGAUUUGAGUCAUAAAAAGACAUUUACUUUUCACAUAAGCACACAACACUUUGCAACACUUGCAGUAAAAGAGGCACUGUAUUUCGCAAUUGUAACAGGCAGGCCUGCUUUGGCUCUGCGAUUAAGCUGGAUGUUUUUUGAAUUACUUUAAUUUCUUUUUGUAUUUGAUUUCUUUUAAAUGAUCUCCCAGAUGGUCAAAAUGUUAAUAGCUUUUUUUCCAUAGCAGACAUUUGUGCUUAUCACAGUGAGAAAAGCACAGAUAUUUCAAAUAUAAUAAACAACUGAUGACUAUGUUUUAUUCAGGAUCGCUGGCAAGCUUACAAAGUAAUUAGCUGCAAUUUAAGUGGCACGGUACAAUGUGCAAUUUACAGUCAUGGAUUUAACUGCGUUAAAGGUCUUAAAUUACAUCUGUCCAAUACUUAGGGAGCAAAUGUUUCUCUUACAAACUUCAACAAAUCAGAAGAAAACCGUACUAUUUAAUCAACUUUUUCAAUCAAAUUAUUCAUUGCUCAUUUAAUUUCCUUGGUUGCAUUUGACAUUUAAUUGAUAAUAUGUAAAAGAAAUGUAUUAAAUUAUCAAAUGCUUGAUUUGAGCCAGUGGAUAAUUGACAUAUACUCCUGAUGUCUUUGGUGUCUGUCAUUUAAAGUAGUCUGUUUGGUUAUUCUAAAUGAAGCAAAAUUGGCCUCAAAAAAUACAUUUGUUUGGCUUAAGUACUGACUGCGUAGCAAAUUGUGCUGUUUAAAAUGUCAUCUCUAAUCUUGUUACGGUUUUUCUGUCUUUAAAAGGUGCAUGUGUGUGUGUGUAUAUAUAUAUAUAUAUAUAUAUACACACGUAUAGAGUUAUAUAUAUAUACAAUUAUAUUUUAAUACAUGUAAGCCCUGAGAAUCCUCUGUUUUGUAUGUAAAGUAAAUUAAAGCUGUAGUAUGACUGCUUGGAA